CCGACUGAAUCUUCCUACCUGAACACUACCCCACCACGAAUUUGCUGCAACUAAUAUGAAGGUGAUUAUUAUUGGUGCUGGAAUUGGUGGCCUGGCGUGCGCCAUUUCGUGUCGUCGCGAAGGCCUCGAAGUCGUGGUACUUGAACAAGCUCCCGCUCUGCAACCUGUCGGCGCUGGAAUACAGAUACCCCCCAACGCUGCCCGGGUCCUUCGCAAGCUUGGCCUUCUCCCGCAACUAAUAGACAAGGCUACCUUGAUCGAUUCAAUUGAUUACCUUCGAUACAAAGAUGGUGAAGUUUUGUACCAGAUACAAGGCGGUGAGAAAUUCAAGCAGGUUUACGGUGAUACUUGGAUGGUGAUUGCUCGACCAGACUACCACGAUGUGUUAUGGAACGCUGCCAAGGAGGCUGGCGUAGAGUUGCGACUAGGUGCGGAGGCUGCUGAGAUUGAUUUUGAGGUCCCUAGCGUCCAUCUAGCGACUGGCGAAAUCGUGAAGGGCGACGUUAUCGUCGGUGCUGACGGUCUCUGGUCGAGAUCAAGGGACCAGAUUCUUGGCCGACCCUCGCCUCCCUCCGAGACAGGAGAUCUCGCAUAUCGAGCCACAUUGACCCUUCAGCAGAUGAAGGAUCUGAGAGACCCUCAAAUAGAUGACUUGAUCAAGCACAAGACUGUCAAAUGCUGGAUGGGUCCCAACAAGCAUUGCGUUCUUUAUCCCAUUAGCGGCGGCCAAGUGUUUAACCUCGUUAUUAUCUGUCCAGACGAUAUCCCUAAACGUGUGCGACAGGCGCCUGGGGAUGUGGAAGAAAUGAGGGGGCUGUUUUUGGGUUGGGAUGGAAGAUUGACAAAAAUGCUGUCAUCCGUUACGUCCGUUUUGAAAUGGAAGCUUUGUCACCACGAAGAACUGAGAUCUUGGCGGAAGGGCUCUAUAGCUUUGCUUGGCGAUGCAUGCCAUCCAACACUGCCGUAUCAAGCACAGGGCGCUGCAAUGGCGGUAGAAGACGGCGCUGUUCUGGGGAUAUUGCUUGGGCAGUUGGUCACCUCAGGUCUAUACGACAAAUCCAAAGACUCUAUCUUGGACCUGCUGGAGAUCUACGAGAAUCUAAGAAAGUCUAGGACUACCAUCAAUGUCCAAGGGGCGAGAUCAAAUCAGCAAGCCUACCACCUGCCGGACGGUCCCCUCCAGGAAUCUAGGGACGCUUGGCUUAGAUCUGGCCCACAAGACACUUCACCUGAUGGCUUUACUUUUGCGGAUACAGCCUACCUCAGAGUCAUUUUGGGGUUUGAUGCCUUGGGGGAAAGUAUUGACGCGUUCAAGAAGUGGGAGGCUGGUCAUGCGCAAGUUUUGCCGCGGCACAAUCUGUAGUAAUGUUAUUCAUCAAUUUCAAAGAAGAGCCAAAGGGCCGGCCUCC